GUGCGUACAGUUUUGCUGUAUAGGCCUUACUGUAUUCUAUUUUUCCUUAAGAUAAUGGCUUUGUUUCUUUAUGUUCAUCUCUGUAUCUCUUGUCUUUCUUUAUGUUCUACCACCUACACCCACAUCUUUUAAUUCUCCUCCAAAGAAAGUGAUUACAUACAAGACCCAUUUGAAAGGCCUGUGAUGGGCUUUGUCAUGUUGCCCUGCUAUGGUAAGAUUUCCAAAUCAGGAACUUUGGAAAAAGUCUCUGUCUACUGGAAGAGAAAUGGCGAGGUCGUCUACAGUCUGAUUGCAGGGAAGCCCCCGAAUCCCCCCAGCUUCGAAUACAACAAUGCAUUUAUGGACCUUGAGAGCAUUUUUAAAUAUGGCGAUCUGUCAUUGACCAUUUACGACCUGACAGUUAAAGAUAGUGGGACCUACGAAUGUUUGUACCGUGACAACAACUUUUCUGCUGAAGUGCACGGGAUACCAGAGUCAAUGGAACUAUCUGUGUUGGAAUAUCCUGAAACUGAGACAGAGCCUUCUGACAUCAGUGGGAACACCAGCCUCGACCUGACCUAUGUCACCCCUACGCCCAACUCUGCCUUAACGGAACCUCAGUCCUCGGAAGGUGAACAUGAAUGGAGGUUACCCACACAGUCACACACACAGAGUAACCUGCUAAUACUGUUUGAACAAGUUGGCUUGUUCAUACAUGUGCUGAUGUUAAUAGUAUGCAACGAGUUAAUUCAGUGUAUAGACACCAAUGGAUAUCCAGAGGGAUAUCAAACAACUCCUUUCAUUUUAUAACCCUUUAAUUUGCAACAACAUGGAGGCCCAUAUGAGACAGUUGACAUAAUGAAGUGUGCUAUAACAAUGCCUCUAUACUUACCCUAUGAAGACUGGCUGCUGGAAAUUACUACCCAAGCAUUGGCUAAAUGUCGAAUUUGCCUGUUCUUUCACACCUCAUA